CCUUGCAACCUUCAAGGUUACUUAAAACAAAACAAAUUUUCUGACAUUUUUUUUAUCAUUCGUAAGACCGGACAAUAUUAUUUUACUAUAUUUACAAUUUAUUGGAGUUUAAAAAAUGGAUGAGUUUCGUAAAUCGGACAUCCCAUUCGAAGCACUAAGCGGUCAUGAGCCGUCAAAGCACGUAAAGAUACCCCAGGACAUAGUCAAAUGGCAGCGUUCGGAAGCUUACUAUGACCUUUUGGGUUUUAUAAAUGCUGUCAGUUAUGCAAUUCAAGGCAAACGCAUUAAUGAUCCGAAUAUUUACAUCUCACCUACAAUGAAGAAUGUUGUGGGCAUUUUCGACAAGCUCAAUAAGCUUGUUGAUGAAUCCCCUCCGGUUGAUCAACCAACUCGCUUCGGAAACAAAGGCUAUCGUGUUUGGGCACGCAAAAUGCAUCGCGAUAUAUUUGUAUUCAUGAAAGAAGCCUUACCGCAAGAGAAGUGUGAUCUGUUCAGUGAACUAGGAGCAUAUUUGAGCGAGUCCUUUGGCAAUUCUGUCCGCAUCGACUACGGAACUGGUCAUGAACUAUCUUUUAUAUUUUUCCUUUGUGCGCUCUUCAAAGCUAAAAUACUCACAGAAGAGGACAGUAUAGCUUGCGCCCUCCGCCUGUUUAACAGCUAUUUAAUUUUUGUGAGAAGGUUGCAAAAGGAGUAUCAUUUAGAACCAGCUGGUAGUCAAGGAGUUUGGUCUCUUGACGAUUUUCAAUUUGUUCCUUUUAUUUGGGGUAGCGCUCAGUUAUCUUUCAAUAGCCCUUUCGAUCCGGCGCGUUUUCUUGAUGAAGACAUAAUAAACGAGUACAAAGACGAUUAUUUGUUCAUAGGAUGCAUCGAUUAUAUCAAACAAGUAAAAACCGGACAUUUUGCGGAACAUUCUAAUCAGCUAUGGAGUAUUUCUGCAGUGCCAAGUUGGACAAAAAUUAACAGUGGUCUGGUGAAAAUGUACCAAAAAGAGAUUUUAUCCAAAUAUCCAAUUAUGCAGCAUGCACUUUUUGGCAAGUUAUUACGUUUUGAUCCCGUUACACCCGGAACAGCCCUGCCUGUCGCUCGUCUAGGUUUUAUACAUCCAUCGUCCACGAAAUCUUCUACGAAUACAUCGAGUUCGGUUAAAAGUGGUUCACAAAUAUUAGAAACAGAGAAGUACGAUACCUCUGCACAAAGCGUGGUUAAAUCUCCGAAAUCAUCAGAGGAGGAUCAAAACAGAAACGAUAAGCCCACUGAUGCAGCAGCGAAGCCAGUAUAAAACAAAGGAGAACCCAUGGCUUCAUUAAAGUCCAUUUAUGUAUUAACUAAUCUAAUUGGCUGAAAAUUUCAUAAUGUCUAAUCGGAGAUGAGCGAAAUUGGGCAGGCCUCCAACUGCAAACCGCAUUCACUUAAUAUCUGGUCUGCAGACAGCAACAACAAAUAAAAAUUUCAUAUAAAUAAUCGUUAAAUAUAAAUUUAUUUACUCAUA